CCGCCGCGGGGCCGUUCGCAGGAUGGAGGGCGCCGGGGCCGGCUGCGCCUCUGGAGUAAGCCGCGAUCGUGACGUUGUCUGCGAAAAGCACUUGUUCAAAGGCAAACUGCCGGAGCCGCUCUUUCAGCUGGCGUGCAGUCACCAUCACUGCGCUUUCCCCGUGAGCCGCAAUGGGUUGUGCGUCUGGAACACAGCCACUGCUCAGCCAUUAUAUUUGCCAGGGCAUCAUUACUCAAUUUCUGCAUUGUCAUUUGGAAAUAAAAUCAAUCCACUCCUUGUCUGCUCUGCCUCUCAUGAACGUGUGAUAGUGUGGAAUCUUGAUGAAUGUACACAGAAAGUGGAAGAAGGGUUUACACCUCGAGGAAUUGUUAUAGGAACUCUUUUGGGAAUGGUGCUUCAUGUAAGAUUUAGUCCAGAUGAUCAACAAGUGGCAGUAUGUGCUGGAAAUCAGAUCUACAUGUUAAGUGCAAAGAAUGAGGCUGUACUAGCUGAAUUGAAUGGACACCUGGCUCCGGUGACUGCUGCUGAUUUUUGCACAUGGGAGAAAAGUAUGCUUGUAUCAGUGUCAGAGGACAGAACCUUUAAGGUGUGGGACUAUUCUACCAGCCAGUUAAUAUAUCAGUCAGGAAUAAUAACAGCAUUUCCUUUGCUAAGUCUGCUAAUUGAUGAAGAAAACAAACAGAUUAUCACUGGAUGUGCUGAGGGACUGCUUUGGAUCUUCAGUUUAAUCAGUGAUCAUAAUUACCGUUGUAUAGCACAUAUCGACUUAAAGAAAGAGCAAGAGAAAUUCUGUAAUAAAGUGUGGAAAUCUGGCCAAGAGAUAGGUAGCACAAUGCUCCUAGAAUGCUUUUAUGGUGAAGGGCAAAAUAAUUCCAGGCUUUGCAAAACAGACAACAUGAGACCAGAAGGAUCAGUGGAAACAUCAUUGCCUAUCCUCUUAAUUGAGCAUUGUGACUUUCUUGUAUGUUUCCAUAAUGAAGAAAACAUAUAUUCUUCCCAGAAUACUAGCUAUUUUUGGAUUGGAACCUCUACUGGCUUGUUAAUAAUUAAUUUGGCAAACUUAGAAUUGGAAGCUCUUUUAUUUUACAGAGACUACAGUGACCUCAGCAUUCAGAUUGCCAGAUCAUGUGCAUUAACAAGGAAGGCAGCUAAUGGAAAGGUUUUAUGCUUGAUUGCCUCAAUGUUUGAAGAUAUGAUUGCUGUGUUGGAAGUUAACCUUGCUGCAUUGGUGAGAACUCAGCAGAGUGAUUUUCUCCCAUGUGGAAAUGAAAAAAGUCUAUCAGUUAUUGCCAGGUGUACUUUAUUAGCAAAUUCUCCAUUGUGUAAAGGUUUAAAGAAGAACAGGAAAGGACCUUCCAGUAAAACACUUGGAGUGAAGAACACAGUGAAGGAUAAACCAUUGGUUUUCCAUAAUAAAAUUAAGUCAUCAGGAUAUACAGCAGCACCACGAAUGGCCAUGUUUUCUCCAAAUACUAACCUGAGAAAAAAAGAGGUAUCAAAGUGGAAGACCAGUUGUAAAUGUAAAAAUAAAGAAUAUCCAUUGGAAAGUUAUCCUCCAAUCAAAUAUGCAAAAGAGAUAUCUGUUACUUGUAAACCAACCCCAAUUUUUUGUGUUCAGUAUUCUGGGGAUGGAGAGCUGCUGGCUUGUGGCCAGGCUGACAAAACUGUGUUGAUAUUCAAUUCCAAUCUCACUGAUGUGCAUAAUGUUUUUUCAGGUCAUGAUGGUGCAGUUAACUCUGUUGGCUGGAGUCAUGACAGGAAGUGGUUAGUUUCUGCAUCAGAAGACAGAACUUUAAGGGUCUGGUCAACCUGCAAUAAGGAACCUGCCCUAAUUCUGGGUAAAGAGAAGUUCCAUAAGACUGUACGCUUUGCACAGUUUUAUUUUAUAGAUACAUUUAUAUUGCUGUGUUGUGGAGCUGAAUUUCAUCUCUUAAGUUUCCAUCUAGACACAACCAAGGAUGACCUAAAACGAUACAAACAGAGGAGUGUUUGCAAAUUGGUACAGAAAUUUCCCAUGACUUCAGCAAUGGAGAUUACCAGCCUUUCAGCAGUAAAUGAGUUCUAUUCUUAUAUUGUACUUACAGCUGGCAGCAACCGAGCGUUGGAAGUUUUUGACCUCAAUGCAGGCUGCAGCACAGCAGUGAUACAGGAAGCUCAUGUUAGAUCAGUCCAUCAGAUCUGCCAAAAUAAGGGAUCAUCCUACAGCACUCAGCAACCUGAAGCUUACAACCUUUUUCUGACCACAGCUGCAGGUGAUGGCAUCAAACUGUGGGAUUUAAGAACACUGAGGUGUGAACGUCGUUUUGAAGGGCACAGUAGCCGCUGCUAUCCAUGUGGAAUUGCAGUGUCUCCCUGUGGACGCUUUAUAGCCAGUGGGUCAGAUGACAAAUACGCUUAUAUAUAUGAAAUGCGUUCAAGCACUUUUUUGCAAAAACUGGGGAGACACACAGAAUCUGUAAUCAAUGUCAGUUUUAAUCCCUCAUCUCCACAGCUCACCACAGCCACCUUGGAUGGCAAACUCCGAUUGUUCCUACCCUGAUGCUCGCCAGCCUGUGGAGCUUUGGCCAUGGAACUAUGAGAAUAAUGACUUGCUGAGAGAAAGGAGACUGCUAACUGGCCAGAAGAAAGUGGCACAAUAUUCCCUUUUAAACUACAGUUUUCUUCUGAUGUUAUUUUCAGGAAGUUCCUUCAGAUGUUCUCAAAGUUUUUCUGCUGUACAGUCUGUUACCUUUAUUGCAAAAAUAAGGGUGAAAGAUCACGAAAAGGAGGACACUACUCAUUCUGACUUCAUUCCAGCAAAUCACCACAGCAGUGGUUUUCAAAGGUCUUCUUGGGUUCUUAGAGUCAGGUGCAUUAUGUAGUGCUGUGCCAGACAGGGACCCCUUUAGUCUAGACUGAAAAUUCAAGUAAAAUAACAAGUAUUCCAUUUUUAAAGCUAGAUCUGUUUGUGACAAAUUUUUAAAUUAACCUGACAGAAAAAAGAAUUGUAAGUCUUUCUUAAAUGCCACGAGAGUCCAUCUGUUAUAAUUCUUUGGGGUUACUGGAAUCAGCAUGGAUAUUGUUUGACAUUAGAAUUUUGCCAGUUUACUAUUUAUACCACAUUCUGUAAAUUUCUUAGGGAAU